AUGGAACGCAACCAUUUUGAUAGGCUUUCCGCCGAGCUUAUCACGCCAAUACUGCUUGAGCUUCCCACCACUCAAACUCUCUACUCGCUGAUACGAGCCUCGCCCAAAGCUUAUCAAGUCUUUUUGGCGUCAAAAGAAACAAUCCUCAUCUCACUUAUGCGCCGAAGGAUCAGACCUGCAGCAUUCAUCGAUGCUUUGGCGGCUGUGCAAGCCUCGCAACUCAAAGACGUAGGCCCGGACCGAAAGGCUGUCCUGGCUUUUCUGCGAACUUAUGAGAACAAGAGACACAAAACUGUUGAACAAAAAGGGCAGCACUAUUCACUACCUAUAGCGGUGCCCUUGUGCCAGCUGUACCAAUCCACGCAGUACUUCAUCGAGGAUCUGACUAGUCGGUCGAAUUGCUACCUUCGUCGAUGCAGAGACACCGCAUCAGUUCAGAACCACACCUCGCCACAAGAUGGUUGCAUUGUCCUACCGAAAUCCAACGGCCUCUGGAGAAGCCAUCCUAUAGACCGAGACCACUGCUAUGCCCCUCUUUCCGAUGUGGAGGAGGGCCGCCUUCAGCGAGCGUUCUUUCGGUACGAAUUGUACACAAAUAUCUUUAGUUCGGACAUGGAGUACAGCGGAGAAAAAUUGUGGGAACUUCCGUCAGAUUCCCACUUCUUCUUGGAAAAUUAUCAGCAGUGGGAGAUCGAGGAGCUAGCUUGCGUCGAAGAUUACCGCUGCUCCCUGCUCUCCAACUCUUUCGAUCGGAUCGAAUCCAGUUUCGUAGGCAUCCAGUUGCCUGAGCCGCCAUUGGAACCUGCGGCAAUCACCAGUUUUCGAUCCUACGAGCGGUCAGCGGCGUUACGUGAAGCCAAAUUCCAGAUCCAUAGCCUAUACCCGGAUUACCUAUCGAAUUUGAGCUUACCGUUCUUACACCAUGCUCUCCAACUCGACCGUUUGAAUAUGCAGCGGGAGAUGUCUUCUCAUAUCUAUUACGACGGGCAGAAGCGUUCUCUAUCAACUGCAUUGGAAGGAUUUUGGAAAGAGAUGUCCCGCGAAGAUAGCAAUCUGAUUCACAAUUACAUUCACGCAGUUGCCCGCAAUAACCUUUUCCCAUUUAAAGACACCAUUGAUGGAUCAAACGAAGAAGGUACUCCACGAUAUGUUAUACCUCCAAGGGAGCAGCUUCGUGAAUCGGACGUAGAAGAUGCUUUGAGGAGCGUGCAAGAGCAAGCCUAUACGGGGAAUGGAGCCGCACGGGGGAAGACGUCUAGUUGGGGUCAAAGCAUGCCUAUGUCGGCUUUGAAGGCGUAG